AUGCAGCACGAUUCAAGAGACUCUGGCACUGAAGACGAACAAGCUCUGUACACUACUAAUGCUAGCGAUCAGCUACUGUUACACGAAUAUAACAAAGUAUGUCUUUCUAGGGGUCCCUUUACGUGUACUCUUCCUUCAACUUCGUACCCUAGCACGCAAUGUCGACAGAUAUUUUUUAAUUGUUGCGAAUAUUCUUUACAUUAUCGGGAGGAGCAUACGAAGAGGCGCAAGGCUGCGUUGCGAUGCCAAGUUUGCGAGAAACGCUUGGACAGAAACUUGUAUCAAUCGAGUGCCUUACCAGCACAGCUCGAGCCUCGCAACGGUCCAUCCUUUUCGUGUCGCACCUGCGGGUUCACGUUCUUAGACAGUUUUCAAUUCGACGAACACAAUCGUAUAUUACACGCUAAAAUGAAACCGCACCAGUGUAGUAUUUGCACAAAACGUUUUACACAACUAGGAGGUCUGCAGCAGCACAUGCGUAUGCAUUCGGGUAUUCGCCCAUUCGUUUGUAAGUUUUGCACUAAAGCGUUCACACAGAAGGCUGGCUUGGAUCAGCAUUUGCGUACCCAUACUAAAGUGAAGCCGUUUAAAUGUAUAAUUUGCUGCAAAUGCUUCUCGCAAUCUGUCCACCUCCGACAGCAUAUGCGGACUCACACUAACAUACAACCGUUCGGGUGUCCGAUUUGCAAAAGAAGAUUCAAACAAAGCAGCCAUUUGAAUUUUCAUAUGCGUUCUCACUUCGGGGAGGCGAGUGCUCUAAUAAUGGAGCAGUACGCCCAGGCAAUCCAGCGUCAAGGGCAAAUGGAUUACCUGAAUUUAUCCAAUGUACAGCCAGUCCAGGAUGGCGAAACCAUAUAUUAUGAAGCGCAGUUGACAACGACACCAAUAGAGAAUACACCUUCAACUCCUUACUUCCUUCCCUUGCCUUCUAGCGAUGUGCUGUAG